AGAAAAAGGAAAAAAAAAAAAAGAGUUCAAAAAGGAAAAAAAAAAAAAAAACCAAAUCAAAACGGCAAAUCAACAAAAUGACAAAGAAAAGGAAAGAAAAGAAACAUCAGGCUAAUAGGAUGGUUCUCUGUGCAUAGAUGAAAAACACAAACGGUGUCUCCGCACUGAGACACUAUCGGUUGUCACAUAUUCGCGAUAAUUCGCCUUGUCAGUGUCAUUGCGCCAGACCAAGUCGGCGCAUGCUUUACAAAGAUUCUAACAUUUCAGCCUUCAAUAUUAUUACGCCAUGCUACGACCUUGGUUAUUAUACUAGUUUAACUGUUGUGUUUCGGUUGGCGCGGCGCAUCGCAUUGGUUGGCAGGGAUCACCAGUGGUAUUGGGGAAUUAGGCGUCGGUGUCCUACUACAGUUUCCAUAUUAGAUGGUUUCUUUUUUUCUGUGCAAAAACCAUGGUCCCAUUUCGGCUUAUUGAACAUUCGGCGCAUACAGAGCAUGGCAUUUCAGGGCAUAUUGAUUGAAUGUUGCAUAAAAGCCGCAGCAAUAGCUGCAAGGCAUUUUCAUUAUUCAUUGGAUCUAUGUGAUUUUCCAUUUCAAUGUUUUUCUUUUCUUUUUCAAGUCCCAUCUCCCCCGGCCGGCCCAUCCGGGGGAGAUGGGCCAAUAUUUUUACUUUCAAGUUUUCUUUUUUAGACAAUGUUGGUAGACCGAGACGCACCACACCAACCAGACCAAAAGGGACCUACCCCUAGGAUAGUGG